UUAAGACGAGGAAGAACAAACCUUCAUGUGAUCUGGAUUAUUUUCCAUAUGAAAUUUGACAUUUAGCCAAAAAAGAAACAUCUGUCGUGAUUAUCCCAACAAAAAGAACACAAUGAAAACUCAUUUUGAAUGAGCUCAUUUCAUUAUAGUUCAGCUAAUUAGAGGAUGGUCGUUAUUUAUUUAGUUAUAUUUUAGUUGAUAUCUAGUCAUUUUUUCAUUCAUAUGUGAUUGUUUCCAUAAUAAAUUAAUUUAAAAUUUGUAAAGACGUGAUCAAAAGGAACAUAUAAAUCAUUAUUUUGCUUAACUUUUAAUCCAAAUGUGUGCAACAUAUAUCCCAUGGACUGUGUGUUUACGUAUUCUACAUAAUAAGAUAAUAAUUUCUCAGACAGAAAUGCCCUCUGCCUUUCUUCUGUCUGGUUCCUGCUGUAGAAGCUGAACUCGGCUCCUCUGAGUUGUGCUCGGGUGGUUUAAAGGCUUUGGUCCCGGUGGCAUCUUGUGCUGCCGUUGAUCCUUUUAUCUCCUGCUGCUGCAGAGGAUUACUCCCCGGAGCAGGAGGAGGCUCAGGGAGAAUCUGAGAGCUCUGAGGUGGAGAUGGGUGGACGUGCUCGGCUGCAGGACGUGUUCCGGCUGCUGCUGGUCUGCUGGUCCACCCUCGGCUCGGCCCCGGCUCAGGUCCGUCACCCUCUGCCCGUGCUGUGGAUGAUGCCGGUCGGCUCCAGGGGGGAGAACCUGACGGCCGCCCUGGCCCCCGCUCUCCGACUGGCUCUGAAGGACCUGGAGGAACAGGCGCCGCCCCUGGGGAACUAUGAAAUCCAGAUACAGCUGCUGGAAGCACAGUGUGACCCAGCCGAGGCCCUCAAAGCUCUGUUUGACACCAUGUGGGCGGGGCCCCGGUACCUGCUGCUGUUGGGGGGGGCGUGUCCACCUGUAACGUCUCUCAUCGCUCGCUCUCUGCCACCUCUCGACCUGCUGCAGGUGUCCUUCGAGGCCUCGUCCCCCGUCCUGUCCAACAGGAAGUGGUUCGGGAACCUGUUCAGCACGCUGCCAUCGGACCGAGCUCUGAACCAGGCCGUGGUGAAGCUGCUGCAGCGCUACAGGUGGAGCAGGGUGGGGGUGGUCACUCAGGACGGAGCCAGACUCUCUGAGAUGAAGAAGGAUCUGUUCAAACAGCUGCAGAAAGCCGACCUCCAUGUGGCUGCAGCAGAGAGUUUGUCUGAAGAUGUCUGCAGCAGCGUGAAGAGGCUGAAGGAGAAAGACAUUCGAAUAAUCAUCGGACAGUUUGAGGAUGAUGUUGUGUCGGAGAUUUUCUGCUGUGCGUACAGACUGAACCUGUUCGGACCACGGUACCAGUGGAUCGUAGCAGCAGGAGGAACAUCUGGAUGGAGGCUGGGGUGGCACUUCUCCGGCUGCUCGGUCAACAGUCUCCUGACGGCUGCUGACGGGUCCAUCAAGCUUCAGAUCAGACAACUCGGCACCACCAACACACCUGGAGUCUCUGGACGGACGCCUCAGGACUACCAGGACUCCUACUUCAGACAGCUGACCGAGGAGAGGUCAGAGGUCAACCCCCUCCACGCCUUCGCCUACGACGCCGUCUGGGUCGCGGCCCGAGCUCUGAGUCGAGUCAUGGAGGCGCUGAAACACAGAGAGAAGUACAGCGCUGAGAGGAAUGUGACGGUCAGCGAGGAGGAGGUGGAGAAGAUGCUGCUGGAGGCAGUGAAGAGUACGGAGUUUGAAGGAGUUACAGGUCCAGUUUUCUUUCGUAACGGGGAGCGGAUGACGAUCUUGGAGUUGGUCCAGUUUCAAGAGAGCGGCGGCGUGUUGGUGGGAGACUUCAACACCAGCAACCGACACCUGAGGCUGAUGAACCACCUGCUGAAGUUCAAAGGUCCAGGACCAGCCAGAGACCAGACUCUGGUUCUCCUGCAGCAGCGUCACGUCAGCCUCCUUCUCUACAGCGUCAUGUCUUCAGCUGCUGCUGUGAUCAUCAUUGUCUCUCUGAUCGUCCUCUGCUUCGUCCUCGUUGGCCACAAACGUCCGUCCUCCUCCAGGCCCCUGACCUCCGGCUCUGGAUCCCAGGACGAGCUGCUCCUGCUGGGCAUCGUGCUCUGCUCCUCCUCGGUCCUGUUCUCUGGUCUGGAUGGAGCGUCACUCUCUGACUGGACCUUUGACAUCUUCUGCUCCGCUCGUCUCUGGACUCUCUCUCUGGGACACACUCUGGGCUUUUCCGUUCUCUUUGCCAGAACAUGGAGGAUCUACUUUCUCUGCAGAGUCAACCACAAGAGGUGUCUGAAGCCGGCUCGGCUUGUCCUGCUCUGGCUUUUCCUGCUCGAUGUCUUAGUUCUGACCUCGUGGCAAAUCCUGGACCCUCUCAGACGGGCGGUGCUUCAUCAUAGCACAGAGAGCGACUCAGCUGAUCAGGACAUCAUCAUUCGUCCGUUCUGUGAACACUGCAGCAGCAUCAACAUGGAGCUGUGGACCACCGCCCUCUACGGAUACAAAGCUCCUCUCAUGGGUCUUGGGAGUUUCUUGUCCUGGAGCAUCAGGCCGCCGGAGGUCGGUGCCGUCGCUCUGAGCCGUGACCUCCCGACUCUCAGUGUGUUUGUGGUGACGUUGUUCAGUGUGACGGGAGCGUUGGCGUCACUGCUGACGUCCCACAAUCCUCCACUUCAGUUCUGUCUGAGCGGCAUCUUCAUCCUCUGCUGCAGCGUCUUCAUCCUCAGCACAAUGUUCACUCCAAAGAUUCUGUUGGUGCGGUGGAACGACAGCGAGCUGCAGGGUGAAGCUGCAGGAGAAGAUGAAGAUGAUGGAGAUGAUGAGGAUGGAGAUGAGCUGAGCAGAUUGAAUCAGCAACUGAAGAGUCGAACUGAACAGCUGGACAUAGAGAUAGAAACCAUCACGCUGCAGCUACAAGAGACAUUUCAGUUUACGACAGAAAACCACGCUGGAAUCAGAUCUAAUGAAUUUCUGGGUCAGGACACCAUCAACUCCCCUGAACAGGUGCGUCGUCGUCUCUCCGUCCAGCUUCCCAUCCUCCAUCAUUCCUACAUGCCGGCCGUCGGCGGCAUCAGCUCCAGCUGCUCCAGUCUCUUCAGCAGCCAGGACGUCUUCAUCCACCUCCAUGACACUUCCUGUUCAGCUCAACCAAUCAGAGAGCAGCAGUGAGCCUGGGACGAGAGGAAUGAUGCUGGUUUGAUCCUGGUGACGACUCAGUAUCUGGACCUGGAACCGUCUGUUUGAAGUUGUUGCCUUUAAAGAGUGUAAAUGUUGAUUUGUGUUAGAAGCAGAAAGUGGGAAUCCCCAGACCACGACUUUAUCCGUUUACUUUUCAACUCAGUUCCAACAAACAUGAGCUUUGAACCACUGCAGGAAAACAAACAUGACAAAUAUUCACCUCUAGGGAAACUGCUCAGCUGCUGCCACAUUUUAUUCCUUUUUGAACCCAAACAACUGGACGAUGGACAUUUCUUCAGGCUCCAAUAAGAAGCAAAAUCCUGAAAAAUGUGAACUGACUCUUCAUAUUAAGCUGUUUUCAUGUGUAAUUAAUGUUUGUGUGAAACAUUUGAUACUCUUCUUAUUUAUAGCAACUCACUGAGCAUGAUUUAUUUUUAUUUUAGCACAAA